CGAACAAAGGGCCCCCGGCGGCGGCGCGAGGACGGCCGCGCUCGGACCCUGGCCCUGGCCCAGCCCUGGCCCGGCCCCCUCCCCAGGCGCGGCGCCCCCCAGGAGCCGAAAAAUGAGCGGCGCCCUGCUCUGGCCGUUGCUCCCGCUCCUGCUCCUGCUGCUGUCGGCGCGGGACGGCCUGCGCGCCGCACAGCCUCAGGCCCCGGGUUACUUGAUUGCAGCUCCCUCUGUUUUUCGCGCGGGCGUGGAGGAAGUCAUCAGCGUGACCAUCUUUAACUCUCCAAGGGAAGUCACGGUCCAGGCUCAGCUGGUGGCCCAGGAUAAAGGGACAAUCAAACUCAAGGUGCCCACGGGCCUCCGGGGCCAGGCGCUUCUGAAAGUGUGGGGCCGCGGCUGGCAGGCGGAGGAGGGGCCCCUCUUUCACAACCAGACCUCGGUGACCGUGGACGGCCGGGACGCUUCUGUAUUCAUCCAGACGAACAAGCCUGUGUACAGACCCCAGCACCGAGUGCUCAUAAGCAUCUUCACCGUCUCUCCAAAUCUGAGGCCUGUCAACGAGAAGCUGGAAGCCUACAUCCUGGACCCCCGAGGCUCUCGGAUGAUAGAGUGGAGACACUUGAAGCCGUUCUGCUGCGGCAUCACCAACAUGAGCUUCCCCUUGUCCGACCAGCCUGUGUUGGGAGAAUGGUUCAUUUUUGUUGAAAUGCAAGGCCACGCGUACAACAAGUCUUUUGAAGUUCAGAAGUAUGUGUUGCCCAAGUUCGAGCUUCUGAUUGACCCGCCCCGGUAUAUCCAAGACCUGGACGCCUGUGAGACAGGCACUGUGCGGGCCAGGUAUACCUUUGGGAAACCUGUGGCUGGUGCCUUAACGAUCAACAUGACUGUUAAUGGUGUAGGGUACUACAGCCACGAGGUGGGACGCCCCGUCCUCAGAACAUCCAAGAUCCUCGGCUCCCGGGACUUCGACAUCUGCGUCAGGGACAUGAUCCCAGCGGACGUCCCUGAGCACUUCCGGGGCAGGGUCAGCAUCUGGGCCAUGGUGACCAGUGUGGACGGGAGCCAGCAGGUCGCGUUCGAUGACUCCACCCCCGUGCAGAGGCAGCUGGUGGACAUCCGGUACUCCAAGGACACGAGGAAGCAGUUCAAGCCGGGCCUGGCCUACGUGGGGAAGGUGGAGCUAUCCUACCCCGAUGGCAGCCCAGCUGAGGGGGUGACGGUCCAGAUUAAGGCAGAGCUGACACCCAAGGAUAACAUCUACACCAGUGAAGUUGUGUCCCAGGGUGGACUAGUGGGGUUUGAAAUCCCCUCCAUCCCCACGUCAGCCCAGCACGUGUGGCUGGAGACCAAGGUGAUGGCACUGAACGGGAAGCCCGUGGGGGCUCAGUACCUGCCCAGCUACCUCUCCCUCGGCAGCUGGUACUCCCCCAGCCAGUGCUACCUGCAGCUGCAGCCACUCUCCCACCCACUGCAGGUUGGGGAAGAAGCCUAUUUUUCUGUGAAGUCCACAUGUCCCUGCAACUUUACCCUGUACUACGAGGUGGCUGCACGGGGCAAUAUAGUGCUAUCAGGCCAGCAGCCUGCCCACAUCACCCAGCAGCGAAGCAAGCGGGCGGCCCCUGCCCUGGAGAAACCGAUUCGUUUAACACACCUUUCUGAGACAGAGCCCCCACCAGCCCCAGAAGCUGAGGUCGACGUGUGUGUGACCUCUCUUCGUCUGGCCGUGACCCCAAGCAUGGUCCCCCUUGGUCGCCUGCUGGUCUUCUAUGUCAGGGAGAAUGGAGAAGGGGUCGCCGACAGACUUCAGUUUGCAGUCGAGACCUUCUUCGAAAACCAGGUUUCAGUGACGUAUUCAGCAAAUGAGACCCAACCUGGGGAGGUUGUCGACCUGCGGAUCAGGGCUGCAAGGGGCAGCUGUGUGUGCGUCGCCGCAGUUGAUAAGAGUGUCUACCUGCUCAGGUCUGGGUUCCGGCUGACUCCUGCCCAGGUUUUCCAGGAACUGGAAGAUUAUGAUGUUUCUGAUUCCUUUGGCGUGUCCAGGGAGGAUGGUCCUUUUUGGUGGGCUGGGCUGACGGCACAACGACGCCGGCGCUCCUCCGUCUUCCUGUUGCCUUGGGGCAUCACCAAGGACUCUGGGUUUGCCUUCACCGUAAGGAGAGGUGGUCUCAGAUCCCGCUGCCCCCUUCUAAGGUUCUCUUGCCUAGAAAUAAGAGUCUUGGAGAUUCAGAAAUGGGUUGGAAACAGAAUUGGAAGCUUUUCUUUCUUUUUUUCGAGAUGGGGUCUUGCUCUGUGGCCCAGGCUGGAGUGCAGUGGUGUGAUUGUAGCUCACUGCGGCCUCGAACACCUGUGCUCAAGUGAUCCUCCCACCUCAGUCUCCCAAGUAGCUGGAACUGCAGCUGCAUGCCACCACACCUGGCUAAUUUUAUUUUACUUUGUUUCUUUGUAGAGAUGGGGUCUUACUACAUGGCCCUGGCUGGUGUCAAACUCCUGGCCUCAAGCAAUCCUCCUGCUUCAACUUCCCAAAGUGUUGGGAUUACAGGCAUGAGCCAUUGCACCCAGCCUUCCAAACUUUUCUUUUUCAUUUCUCCCCAAUGAAAGCUCACAAGUAGAUUCUUCCAAUUUGCAAAGCCGUGGAGAGCAGAAUGUUAUGCAUGUCAAUGGUCAGGUUCAAAUGGGUAACUUGAACUUGUGAUGGGACGUGUUAUGACAUUGACAUGCUUUGCUGCGAGGAAAACCUUCUCAUUGGGAGCUGUGGGUGCCAGUAGCUCUUAGCUCUGCCUCGGCUUUGGUUACCUUGGUUGUGUGUCUGGCAGCUUUCAAGCAGAAGGAGGUGGCUGUGUUCCCAGGUGGCAGGGGGUCUGAACUGCAUAGGUGAUCCUCCUGCCUCAGCCUCCCUAGUCGCUGGGAUUGGAGGCAUGAGCCACUGUGCCCAGCUCCAGUUUACCCAUCUUAAAAAGGGCUAAUGGGGCGCCUGUAGUCCCAGCUACUCGGGAGGCUGAGGCAGGAGAACGGCGUGAACCUGGGAGGCGGAGCUUGCAGUGAGCCAAGAUUGCGCCACUGCACUCCAGUCUGGGCGACAGAGCGAGACUCCGUCUCAAAAAAAAAAGGGCUAAUGCUGGCUGGGCGCGGUGGCUCACGCCUGUAGUCCCAGCACUUUGGGAGGCUGAGGUGGGCGGAUCACAAGGUCAAGAGAUCGAGACCAUCCUGGCCAACAUGGUGAAACCCCCUCUCUACUAAAAACACAAUAAUUAGCUGGGCGUGGUGGUGCCUGCCUGUAGUCCCAGCUACUUGGGAGGCUGGGUCAGGAGAAUCACUUGAGCCCGGGAGGUGGAGGUUGCAGUGAGCAGCGAUCGCGUCACUGCACUCCAGCCUGGUGACAGAGCGAGACUCCGUCUCAAAAAAAAACAAAAAAAAACAAAAAAAAGGGCUAAUGCUAUCAGGUGCCCAUCUCUGGACGUUGUCAUGAUGUGAUAUAGAUAGAAAGGGAUUGGGAUGGGAGCAUGCUUCGCCCUUCAGGGUCACACCUUAGGGUGCUGGUGGUCUCCACUCAAAUGUGUGUCCCAUUGGAGGGUGCCUUUCAUUUCAGCUUUAAAAAAUAUUUCUGGCCAGGUGUGGUGUCUCACGCCUGUAGUCCCAGCACUUUGGGAGGCCAAGACAGGUGGAUCACCUGAGGUCAGGAGUUCGAGACCAGCCUGGCCAACGUGGUGAAACCCCGUCUCUACUAAAAAUACAAAAAUUAGCCGGGUGUGGUGGUGGGCGCCUGUGAUCCCAGCUACUCGGAAGGCUAAGGCAGGAGAAGCUCUGGAACUGGGAGGUGGAGGUUACAGUGAUCACACCACUGCACUCCAG